UUUGUUUUCAGUCUGUUGUAACGGGGACUGCUGCCAUGAUUUUCGACCUGAACUCUGUGAGCCUGGCUUUGGUUCUGGGUUUGAUCUUUCUGAUUCUGUUUGAGGUGAUGAGGCUUCAUUUCACCAGAGCCCAAAAUCCACCUGGACCCACACCUUUUCCUUUUGUGGGAACUGUACCAUAUUUUAUAAAGGAUCCAAUGGGAUCUAUCAGAUCAAUCAGUCAGUAUGGAGAAUUGUCCAGUGUGUACCCGGGAAGAAGGCCAGCGAUAGUCUUGAAUACACUGCAGAUCACAGAGGAAGCCCUGGUCCAAAAGGCUUCAUCUUUUUCUGGAAGACCAGCUUUACCUCUUAUAGAAUGGACAACUAAAGGACUCGGUAUUGCAAUGGUGCAGUACGGUCACUCGUGGAGACAGCAGAGAAGGUUUGCUCUCCACACGCUCAGAAACUUCGGCCUGGGAAAGAAAUCUUUGGAGGAGCGUGUGUUAGAUGAAGCCCGAUACCUGGUUACUGAGAUACUUAAAGCAGAAGGAACCGCAUUUGACCCAGGGCACACCGUACAGAAUGCAGUUUCCAAUAUAAUCUGUGCCGUCGUGUUUGGAGAUCGCUUUGAAUAUGAUAACAAACGCUUUGGAUACCUUCUGAAGAUCCUCAAUGAGAACAUCGUGAUGAUGGGGUCAGCUAUAGGACAGAUAUUCAACUUGGUUCCUAUCAUCAAACACUUGCCUGGACCUCACCAGAAGGUCAUUCAGAACAACACUGAGCUAGAGGAUUUCAUUCGUAAAGAAGUUAAAGGACACAGACAAACGUUGGAUCCACAAAACCCACGAGACUUCAUUGAUGCCUAUCUGUUAGAGAUUGAGAAACAAAAGUCACAUGAGGACUCAACCUUUCAUGAGGAGAACAUGGUUAGGUCAGCAGCCGAUCUCUUCUUCGCUGGAACCGACACAACGGCAACCACCAUUAGAUGGGGACUCAUCUUCUUGAUGGACAGCCCAGAUGUACAAGAGCGAUGUCAUGAGGAGAUUGUUCAGGUGUUGGGUUAUGAUCGUCGGCCCAGCAUGGAUGACCGUGACAAACUUCCAUACACAUGCGCCACUGUUCAUGAGAUUCAACGCUGUGCCAACAUUGUUCCUCUUGGUGUAUUUCAUGAAACCACACAGCCAACGAAACUGAGAGGAUAUGACAUUCCCAAGGGAACUAUGAUCAUGACAAACUUAACAGCAAUUUUCACUGAUAAGGAGCACUGGAAAUGUCCGGACACUUUCAAUCCAGAGAAUUUCUUGGAUGAGAACGGACAUUUCUACAAACCUGAGGCAUUCAUCCCUUUCUCAAUCGGUCCGAGGGUUUGUCUCGGCGAGAUCCUUGCAAGGACAGAACUUUUCCUUUACUUUGUGUCUCUCCUUCAGCAGAUUCAUUUCUCCUGGCCACCAAACUCACAGCAUCCAGACAUGGAUGGUAUCAUGGGUGUGGUAAGAUACCCGCACCCCUUUAAAAUCAUAUGCCGUAGCAGAGAUGCCAAAGACUGACUGUCAGUGACCCGACAGGCCAAGAACACAGAAGAACACUGGAAUUGUGUAGGUGUUUUUUUAGUCUUUUGUAAUGGUAUCAUCACAGGCCAUGUGUUUUGUCAGAGCAUGAUGUCUGUAUUGUGACUUUUAGCCGCAUUAUACUGCAUGCUUUAUGUCUUGUUACAGAAAUAAAGCUCUGUAAUCUUGUAUAA